UACUUUUAUACAGGUACAAAAUACCUGACUUAUAGAAUUUAGUAUAAAUAUAUUCUUUAUCUCAUGGUUUCCAUGAGGGUUGUUUGAUUUUGACUGUUUCCAAAGCAUAAAUAUCUUGGAAAAAAGUGAAAAGGAAAAAGUAAGUUUUUUAUUACAUCAAGGAGCCAGAGAACAGUUUCAGAACCUGAAAGAAGGAUCCAGAGACCAGAUUUGGUUCAUGGGUUCUAACACACAUGGCUGCAGUUUAUACAUAUAGAAGCAAUCAUAGUAAUCUCCUACACAUUUCUGAAGCCAAAAGGUGUUAACAAAUGGAUCACCAGGCUUUAGGGAAUAUAUGACUUCUAGGAGUAUUAAAAUCCUGAAGAGUGUUAUACUGAGAUGCUAAAAAUUAAAAUAAUUGAUUAAAAGAUAAUUAACAAAAAUAGUUACUUAAAAAGAUAGUUAUUAGUAAUAUUAUCAUUCUACUGAGCUCAUUGCCCUAGUAAUGAAGCACCAACCACAUAGGUAUAAAUUAACUGACCACGUCAUUCUGCUGUUCUGUAAUGCGUCAUCCCCCCCACAUUAGUGACCUGUGUCCUAUGUCAAAUUUUGUUCCCCUUGUAAGAGACAAAUGAUGCUGUGCCAACCACUGUUCCCUUUAUGAGAGACAAAUGUUCCUGAAAUUGGCAGACCAAGGGCUAUGAAUUGGCCAACCACCCACUGUGAAAUGCCUCUGUCCUCAAGCAAAGGGGAACAAAGGCCCACCUUAUUUCUCUUUCUCAUCACUAUGUACUUACUGAUCAAUGAGCUAAUCAUAAAUGAACUAUAAAAAUCAGUCAAAACUCUAACUCAGUUGCACAGCUUUGCAAAUUCCAUUUGCACUGUGUCGCUGGGCACACAGUGCAAAUAAAAGUGCUUCUUUUAAAAAAGAUGUCUUGUCCCAUUCGUCAUCUUGGGGUCUUGCCCCGUUUUUUCAUCAUGGGGCCAUGUUUUUUUUUUUUAAAGUAGAGUACAAAAAGAGCUGAGUGCCAAUUAGUGACAAGGGAACUAUACGGCAAGGGGAACUUUGAGUGUCAAGUCCUUGGGUGUCCCUGCCUCACCAGAAGGAAAUGUUUAAUUGGAUUAGGUUCCAUUUCAGCAAUAAUUGUCACCCCCAUGCUUGGCAAUAUGAUCACUUUCAGAAUUCAGCAUUUUUUUGAGCCUGAAUGAGUAGCAAGCUUGUCUUGGAGUACUGAUGCUUGCUUUUAUUUCAUCCUUACACUGUUGCAGACCAUUACUAUCAUUUAAAUGUAAUGUCUUCACUAUACAUGGUAACUGUGCUCCUUUUGUGUUCACAUACUGGGUUUCUUGGUGGAAAAUUAAUAGAAAUGAGUGAAAAUCAUGAAAAUGAAAUCUGAUGCCUCUAACAGAAACUUCCAUCUCUCUGUUCUGUUGUGUCCUGCCCUGGCCUUUUCUCAGAAUAUUUUCUGACAUCAGUGGACUUUUAUUCCUGGAGGAUUGAACGUGAAUCCUGGAAACAUUUGCAGCCCAUUAUGCAAAGAGUCCACUGAUCCUUGAAAGAAAGCAGGGUAGCCAUGAAAUGGCAGGGAUAAAUAAAAAAUUAGAGAAGACCUAACACCAUCACUUCUCAAAAUUUAAUGAAAUCAAAUGGGAAAUUGUACUUCUCAGUUCAUUCCUGGAAGCAAGCAUUACCCUGAUACCAAAACUAGCGAACAAUCCAAAUAAGAAAGACAAUUACAGACCAUUCUGCCUAGUGAACAUUGAAGCAAAAAUCCCCAAUAAGAUACUGGCAAACAGACUGCAGAAUAUCAUCAAGAAGGUUUUACAUCAUGAUCAACUGGAAUUAUUCCCUGGUACUCAGGGGUGGUUCAACUUACAUAAAUCCAUACAUAUAAUACACCGUAUUGACAAAUCCAAAAGCAAAACUCAUUUGAUCACUUCAAUAGAUGCAGAAAAAGAUUUUGACAAAGUGCAUCACCUAUUCAUAAUAAAAAACCUACAAAAAUUGGGGAGAUGAUCUUUAUCUCAAGAUAAAAGCCUUUUAUUACAAACCAACAGUCAUCCUCAUACUAAGUGGACAAACACUGAAAGCUUUCACUCUAAAAUCAGGAACAAAACAAGUGGAGACAACUGUCUCCACUCUUAUUCAAUAUAGUCCUGGAAACUAGCUGGAGCAAUUAGACAAGAGAAAGAAAUAAAAGGAAUAAAGAUAGGAAAGGAAAAGCUUAAAAUGUCAUUAUUUGAAGAAGCCAUGAUACUCUACGUAGAAGACCCUAAAAAUUCCACCAAAAGACUUCUAGUUUAAGAAGCAAAUUCAGUAAUAUAGCUGGUUACAAAGGCAACACUCAACAAUCAAUAGACUUCAUAAACAAGAAUAAAAAACCCAUGGAAAGAGAAAUCAAGGAAACAAUAACUUUUACAAUAGCAUCCAACCAAAUGAAAUACUUAGGAAUCAAUCUAAUAAAGGAUGUAAAUGAUCUCUACAUUGUAAACUACAGUACUCUCAAAAUGGAGAUUGAAGAAGAUAUUUGAAAAUGAAGAGCUAUCCCAUAGUCUUGGGUAGGGAAAUUCAAUAUAGUGAAAAUGACCAUACUUCCAAAGCUAUUGUACAGAUUUAGUGCAAUCCCAAUCAAAACCCCAUAGCAUAUCUGAAAGAAUUACACAAAAUAAAUCCUAAAAUUCAUCUGGAACCAGAAGAGACCUAGAGUAGCAAAGGUGAUCCUGGGCAACAAAGGAAAGAUAAGGUUCAUCAAAAUCCCUGACUUGAAAUUAUACUAUAAAGGUAUUGUGAUAAAAAAAAAAGAUGUGGUACUGACAAAAAACAAAACAAACAAAAACCAGAUGCAAAGAUCAAAGCAACAAAUUAGAAGAUGGGGAAACAAUCCCAGACCACUAAACCAUCUUAUCUUUGACAAAGGUGCCAAACAGAGUCAUUGGAAGAAAAGCAGUCUCUUUAAUAAAUGGUGCUGGAAAAACUGGCUCCAUACAUUCUGAAUAUUAUCUUUCAAAGUGUAUUAAGCUAAGAUCAGAAUAGAUCAAAGAUCUUAUAUUAAAACAGAAACAUUAAAUCUGCUGCAAGAUAGAGUAAGUAAAACUCUUGAAGACAUUCAUGUAAGCAAAGUCUUUAUGAAGAAAACUUCGAUUUUUGAACAGCAAAAAUCGAAGAGAAUUGAGAAUCUCACCCUACUGAAAAACUUUUUAACAGCUAGAAAUAACUAACAGAGUGAAAAGACAACCCACAACGUGAGAGAAAAUGUUUGCCAACUGUUCUUCAGACAAAGUAUUACUAUUGAGAGCAUGAAAAACUAAAAAAUUUCAGUCUUCCCAGAUUUAAAGACCAAAUCCAAAAAUGUGCAUCUGAGGUGAAAUACACAGUUCUCAGAUGAAGAAAUAGAAACAGCAAAUAAAUAUGUGAUAUAAUGUUCUGCAUCACUCGUCAUUUAAGAAUUGCAAAGUAAAUAACACUGAUAUGUCACCUUGCCCCAGAAAAAAUGCCUACUGUCAAGAAAUGAAGCAAUAACGAAUCCUGGAGAGGUUGUGGAGGAAAAAGGAACCCUUCUCCAUUGUUGGUGGUAAAGCAACCACUGUGGAAAUCAGUGUGGAGAUUCCACACAAACUAGGUCUACAGUUCCCACUCAACUCAGCUAUUCUCCUUCUGGGUAUCUACUCAAAAGAAUAAAAAUUAUCAUACCACAGUGAUAUAUGUGCACCCACGUUUAUAGCAGCAGUUUGUGGUAGCCAGAUCUUGUGUGGAAUGCAGGACCUCUAGCUUGCCAGGCAGGUACUUAAGCUAAAUCGGUGGACCACAUUUUUUAGUUUUUAACUUUCAAAGAAAAUGGGUGUGGGAGAAAAAACAAGGACUGAGGUAAAGACUUUCAGUGCAAAUACCCAUCAGACGUGCUGAGGUCAACAUUCCAGAAAACAGCCAGCUCCAGAAGCCUCCACCAGCUUUCAUUGGGGAUCCACAGUUACAGGGUGUUUUAUUUUCUGCAAUUAUUCUUGGUGGGGAAGGCAGGCAGGAGAGCAGGAGCCAAUCAGUGAUGAAGAGACUGGCUGAAGAACUGUCCAAUCAGGCGGGCAAAGGUAGGCGGUGUCUUCCGGUGUCAUGGCGUCAAUUGCAAGGCCAGGGCACAAAAGGGAGCACUAGAUGUUUGCUAGACCACUGUUUUUUGCUUCUAUUCGCUGUGGACUGCUUAGAAAGAACCUGGGAGACCUCCAAUCUACGCAAUGGAGUUGGUGACCUUUGAGGAUGUGGCUGUGAACUUCAGCAAUGAGGAGUGGACGUUGCUGAGUCCAUCCCAAAAGAAGCUCUACAGAGAUGUGAUGGGUGAAACCUUUAGGAACAUGACUAUGAUAGGUGGACUCGGGGAUAUCCAGGAAGCUGAAAAAGAAGGCAAAAUUUACUGGAGUUACUUAAGAAAGCUAGGGAAAUCCUAUGGACAUACAUCUUGGAAUCAGUGUAAAGAAGUCUUCCUUGGUACUGAAGAAGGUAAUGUGAAUGUGAAAGAAACAGAAACACAUGACAAUGUUCAGAUUCAUGAAAAAUAUUGCAGUGGAGGGAAACCCUAUGUAUGCAAGCAAUGCAGGAAAGGUUUUACCACACAUGGAAUUUGUAAGAAACAUGAAAGAAUUCACAGAGGAAAGAGACCCUACAUAUGUGAUCAGUGUGGGAAAGCUUUUACAGCACGUACAUAUUGUCAAGUACAUGAAAGACUUCACUCUGGAGAAAAACAUUAUGAAUGUAAGCACUGUGAGAAAGCUUUCAGCACAUGUACUUAUUGUGUAAUCCAUGAAAAAAUUCACACUGGGCAGAAAUCGCAUAUAUGUGAGAAAUGUGGGAAAGCUUUUAGCAGGAAAAUUCAUUUUCAAAUACAUGAAAAUGUUCACACUGGAGAGAAACCCUAUGUGUGUAAGCAAUGUGGAAAAGGUUUCACCCAAGUUGGACAUUGUAAGGAACAUGAAAGAAUUCACACUGGAGAGAAACCUUAUGUAUGUAAGCAAUGUGGGAAAGCUUUUACCCGACACGGAUAUUGUAAGAAACAUGAAAGAUUUCACACUGAAGAGAAACCCUAUGUAUGUAAGCAAUGUGGGAAAGAUUUUAAAACACAGGGAGUUUGUAAGAUACAUGAAAGAAUUCACACUGGAGAGAAACCAUAUGUAUGUAAGCAAUGUGGGAAAGCUUUUAAAACACAGGGAGAUUGUAAGAUACAUGAAAGAAUUCACACUGGAGAGAAACCAUAUGUAUGUAAGCAAUGUGGGAAAGCUUUUAAAACACAGGGAGAUUGUAAGAAACAUGAAAGAAUUCACACUGGAGAGAAACCAUAUGUAUGUAAGCAAUGUGGGAAAGCUUUUAACAGACGGGAAGGUUGUAAGAGACAUGAAAGAAUUCACACUGGAGAGAAACCAUAUGUAUGUAAGCAAUGUGGGAAAGCUUUUACCACUAAUGCAAAGUGUAACGAACACGAAAGAAUUCACACAGGAGAGAAACGAUAUGUGUGUAAGCAAUGUGGGAAAGCUUUUAAAACACGUGCAUAUUUUAAGGUUCAUGAAAGAAUUCACACUGGAAAGAAACCAUAUGUAUGUAAGCAAUGCGGGAAAGCUUUUAAGACACAGGGAUAUUGUAAGAAACAUGAAAGAAUUCACACUGGAGAGAAACCAUAUGUAUGUAAGCAAUGUGGGAAAGCUUUUAACAGACGGGAAGGUUGUAAGAGACAUGAAAGAAUUCACACUGGAGAGAAACCAUAUGUAUGUAAGCAAUGUGGGAAAGCUUUUACCACUCAUGCAAAUUGUAACGAACACGAAAGAAUUCACACAGGAGAGAAACCAUAUGUGUGUAAGCAAUGUGGGAAAGCUUUUAAAACACGUGCAUAUUUUAAGGUUCAUGAAAGAAUUCACACUGGAGAGAAACCCUAUGUAUGUAAGCAAUGUGGGAAAGCUUUUAGCACAUGGGGAGAUUGUAAGAAACAUGAAAGAAUUCACACUGGAGAGAAACCCUAUGUAUGUAAGCAAUGUGGGAAAGCUUUUAGCACAUGGGGAGAUUGUAAGAAACAUGAAAGAAUUCACACUGGAGACAAACUCUUAUGUAUGUAAAUAAUGUGGGAAAGCUUUUAAAAUGUAGUGAGAUUGUAAGAAACAUGAAAGAAUUCACAAUGGAGAGAAACCCUAUGUAUGUAAGCAAUAUGGGAAAGGUUUUACCAACUCUGGACAUUGUAAGCAACAUGAAAGAAUUCACACUGGAGAGAAACCAUAUGUAUGUAAGCAAUGUGGGAAAGUUUUUACCCAACAUGGACAUUGUAAGCAACAUGAAAGUUCACACUCAAGAUAAAACCAGUGUAUAUAAGAAUCAUGAGAAUGGUUUGAGCACACGUAUAUAUUGCAUAAUGUAAGAAAAUCUUCACACUGGGAAGAAAACUUAUAUAUGUAAGGAAUGUGGGGUAGGUUUCAGCAGAAAUGCUCAUCGUGCAAUACAUUAUAAAAUUUAGACUGUUGAGAAACCAUGUGUACAUGAAGAAUGUGGGAAAGCUUUCACCAAACAUGGAUAUUGUAAAAUACAUCCAUGACUUCACAUUGGUGAGAAACCCUAUUUAUAUAACAAUGUGGCAAAGCUUUUACCACAUACAGUCACUGUAAAACACAUGAAAGAAUUCACACUGGGAAAAACCACUGGCUAUGUAAGCAAGUGGAGACACUUUCAGCAGCCAGAUUAUAAGUGAAAUACAUGAAAAAACUCACACAAGAGAUAAAUCUUAUGUGUUAUGAGAAUACUCUCAGCAUACUUGAUCAUUGUUACAUAUCUGAAAGAGCUCACUGGGCAGAGAUCCUAUGUGGAUUAACAAUGUGAGAAAUACAGCAAUCCAUGUUUCUUGUUAAAUACAUAGAAAAAGUGUCACUGUUCAGACAGUUUAGAUCUAAAUUUACUUUAAAAAUCACAGGGAGACCUGAAGAAAUAAUCAAUACAGAAGUUAGAUGUCAAUAUAUCUUCACAAAUAUUCCAGAAAUGACAAACCUGAGGUGGAGCUCUCCUUAGGUGCACAUGUUGUAUGGUUCUCAGUUAAUCACUUGUACCUCUCUAGAUUUUUUAAAAUGUCUUUGUGUUUCAACAUGGCAUCUUUAAUUAAACAUGCUAAACUGAAAUGGGCUUUUCACUUUCAAGUAUGGAUAGUGUCUAUGUACUUAAUAUUUUUCUGUAAAACUUAAAUUUUAUAUUUUUUGGUGAAUUGUAAUGUUGUUUAUUUAAAGAGAAAAAAGAAAACGUGUAGAAAUAAUACAGAAUUUCAGAAAAAUAAACCAUAAGAAAUCACUAGUUGAUUAGUUAAAUAUUGUCAUCUUAGAAAUAGUUGUUCAAGUAACAAAAUUAAAGCAUACAAAGUGAUAUUCAAAUAAUGACACUGUCAACAGUUCACCUCAAUGAUCCAACAAAAAGUUGUUAAUAUGCUUAUCUGUCCUACACAAUUUUUGUUCUCAAAGAGGGUAAGAUUAAACAUGACAAAACCGAACAGAACAGUUCAUAAGGAAACAAGUUAAGCAAACAGAUUUCAAAGCAAGUCCACUGUAGAUGUUCACUGUCUAUGUUACUGUCUCUAGUUUUCUUCCAAAUAGUUGUUCCCAUCUUCACACACAUUGAAUAUAUACCAAACAUUAUAGAACUAAUCAAAUAGUUACAGGGUGAUGCAGGCUUUUUCGGUCUUCAAGACUGAUUUUGGGGAAAUCGGUAAUGACUACCAUAAUGUCUCUUAUUCUCUUCAUAGUAGCUGUCAUUAUCUUUAUGUAUGCUGAAAUUUAACAUAAGAGACUAGACUAAUAUCACUGAACAGUGAAUAAUAGUAUCCUGAGAAGGAGAAAGGUGAGGAAUUUUCUAAAAAAAGAAGGCAGAGGACAUUGAUAAAGGUGUAUCAGGAUUUAAAAUAUACAGUAGUCUUGUUGCUCUAUUUUGUUUGGUUAUAUCUUGUUCUGGUCUGUCUACACACAUUAGAUUUGAGGGCACAGAGAGAUAACCCAAAAAUAGCAGGUUAUACCAUGGUAACUAUCCUUAAUUUUCUAUUAACUAAAACUGAAACCCUAUAUUACUUACAUUGUCUUCUAUGACUGAUCUUUGAAGCUGGUUUGUUUGAAUGUUAUUUGGCCUUGACUGAUUUUAUUCACCUUUGGUAUGCUUGCUAGUAUCAAGUUCAAGAGAAGAGGCAACUACUGUAAAGAUGACAAGAUGUAAAAGAUAUCCAUUGGUGGGCUGGGGAUUUAGCUCAGUGGCUUAAGCACCUGCCUGGCAAGUGUGAGGUCAUGAGUUUGAUCUCCAGUGCCAAAUAAAUAAAUAAAUAAAUAAAUAAAUAAAAGAUAUCCAUUCCAGGUUUGAUUAUUUUUAAUUAAAGAGAACAAAGAUAGGAAAUAAAAAACAAAGCAGUAAAAGGGUACAAGUAAUACAGAAUUUCCAGAAAAAAUUCAAUAAGAAAUCACUAGUUAAUAGGUUACAUCUUGUCAUCUUAGAAGCAGUUGUCAAAUUAUAAAAUUAAAGAGGGUAAGAUUAAACAUGACAAAACAAGCAAGUCCACUGUAGAUGUUCACUGUCUAUGUUACUGUCUCUAGUUUUCUUCCAAAUAGUUGUUCCCAUCUUCACACACAUUGAAUAUAUAAAGUGGACAUUCAUACAGUGAGAUUGCAGAAAGUUCUGUUCAAUGAUCCAACAAAAGCUCAGUAAUACGGUUUUCCAUCCUACACACUCAAGCAUGCAGUUAUAUCCCUUAGACCACCUUCCUUUCCUGUUUUUUACAAUAACAAUUACACUUUUUGAGUUUUUUUACUCCCACAGUUCUUAUUACAUUUUUUUGAAGAGAAUAAAUCCUAACAUGACUAAAUAAAACAGAGUCAGUUAGAACAGAAGGGUGGGCAUAGGACAUGAUGCAAAAAUAGAUUAUCAGAUGAUCAAAAAUGGUUACCAUUGUUCCUCUUGCUAUUUUUAAAAAGAGUUGCCUAUAAUAGAAUGGAUCAAAACAGUACAGAACAAGACCUCUUUUUCAGAGUCUCUUUUUCCAGCAAGGAGCACUUGAAUCUUCCUGUGCUCAGGUCAAGCAGGGAGUGUGCAGCAUGCAGAGGAGCCAGCACCUCCUGCCUUACACCCAUUUCCACCACCGCAUCCAUGCUGCAGCCCUGCAGGCCCAAUAAGGCAGAGCCAUGAGGGUGCAGAAAAUACUCUGCCACCUCAGCCCCAGGGGCCUCAACUCAUGGGUCCUGGCCUCAGCCUCCAACAGGGUCCAGGCUCUGCCAUGGAUUGGACAUUCAUAGUGGGCCAGACACACCAUCAGUGCCUUGGGGCAAAGUCCAUUUUCCACAAUGACCCUUCCAUUUCUGCAAAUUUUGACCCUUUUCUUUCUAAAUGAGGCAGAGGCAUUGGAGACAAAACACCACACAUUGGCAUUACUUUUUGGUUUUCUUUCUUUUCUUUCUUUCUUCUUCUUCUUCUUCUUCUCCUCCUCCUUCUUCUUCAUCUUCAUCUUUGUCUUCUUGGUUUCUUUGAUGCUUCAAAUACAUAUUUAGAGGUGUAUUUUGCCAAAAAACAUUUCUUGUCUUUUUACACCCUAGUUAACUGAAGUUUUUACAGACUUCUACUGCAAUUCACACGCUAUGUGUUUGAACAGUCAGAAUCCAUUCUGCAGCUUAGUAGAAUGAGUGAAGCAAAGCAGAAAGUGAACUUGGGGAUGUCACUGUGCCUUCCAACACUCGGACUCAUAUCUUUUUACCUCAAAAAUAUGGGCUUCUGGAGCAGCUGAGUCUGGCACAGACAAAAUGAGUUUCCUGCAUUUAUAUCAGAUAAUUUCAUUGCCUCUCAAGCCCAUUGUGUCAGGUUUCUUAUGGCCAAACUUGAAGAAUUAUUUCCAGUACAUGAGAGGCUGCCACUGGUCCUGAAAUCAUGAUGGAACUUUUUAUAAACACUUAGCCUGAUCUACACCCUGGGGAUAGAAGCUAAGCGACACAGAGAUGGCUGGCACAGAUAGAAACACCUCAAAAUUGUCAACCAACAGCAGCAGCAAGCAGGAACCAAGUUGCUGAGCUUUCACAAUUGGGUGAUGGAAUCAUGUGGUGGAUUGUGCCCUGGGUUUACUGAGGCAACUCAGUACAUCUAGGUUGCUGCUUCCAUCCCCUUUCCUUCAGUGCAAUACAAACAGAAAGUCAUGCACAUGCAUCAUUUAUUUGCAAUUUUUCUAUUCCAGGAACAAAACCUGUAUUCAUGAGAGUCCACAUCUCUGCCAUAGCAGACCCACCCACGGGCAUUACCACAAUGUCUUGUAAAGGAUCACUUUAUUUAUACAAAACGCAGAGCAAUGCUCCCAGCCUUGAUUUUUCCAGACUGGUGCAUUUUCAGUCAUUUCUUGAAGGGAAGCUAAACGAUUUAGUUUGAGUAAACCAAGUGUGUUGCUGUGCUUCUGUGUGACAUCCUUGCUGCCAGACCUGAUGAAGGCAAUGAGUGGGAUCCGCUGGAGGUUUAGCUCCAGAGGGACAUACUUAGCACAGCUGUGUCAGGCAGUGCUGCCCCUCACCUGACUGGCCACCCAGGUUUUCAAAUGCCCUUUCCCAGUGCUGUUACUGGCUUCGGGAGUCACUGGAUUGCAGUGGAGAUGCCCAGUGUGCUGGUUGGCCCAGGGAAAACCUUGUUUUGGCAUGAGUUGGUCAUCGUUAGCCCUGCAGAUCUGUUGCCCUGGGGCCAGGGCAAGGUUCCCCCAGCUGCAGUGAACAGCAUCAUCCAGACAACUCUCCUGUGCACACUCUACGCAGAGGCUAGGGAGGGUCCCAGUUCCUUCCUGCUUCAAAGAGUACUGUGAAUCAAACUGUUGAAAAUUUGUGCAGCAUUCUGUGUGGGAGAAAACUCUAUUCUUAGUCCCAGGGAAGGCUGUUUAGAGCUCUGAUGGGAGCUGCAAGAUAGGGCUGUGCUCUGCCCCGCAUGUCCUUCCCAUUGUUGUUCAGCACCUGCCUUAAAAUAUGUCACUGGAUGGGGAAACAGCACAUUUCAAAGAUGUGUGCCUGCAUGAAUCAGGCUUAGGAGUCUCAGUGUUUUGUGUGCUUGUUGGCCAUGUCUGGUAAUUUACUUUGAGUUAGAAAAAUUUGUCAUUUCCCUCACAAAAUGGACUCAUGAGACCUCUUUAAUACUUGUAAUAAAAACCAUCUAUCUGACUAAGGUUGUAAAGAAA